GUAUUCAAUUGGAAGUUAUGGGGCAACAGGAGACGAAGGAAGUAAAGAAUCUGGGGUACCUAGACGCUAGACAGGUCGCAAAUCUACUUUUAGGUGAACGUUGGGACCUACCAGAACGUGCAAACACCUCGGGUAAACGAAGCACUUCUGAAAACGAUGUCGACUAUGCAGACUUGAAGCGUUCACCUUCUGCUUUGCCCAUCCACGUAAGAAAAAUAUGGAAAAAACUAGUCCGAAGAAUAUUUCCAACUACGGCCAGUCUUGAAGAUAAUCUUUAUCCCUCAGUUCUUCCUUGCACGCUACCUUUGCUGUUCCUUCUAGAUACUGAACAACGUGGCUCGUUCUCUGGAAAAUGUUGUGUGAAACUUGUCAAGAGGAUAAAGGAAGUUUUGAAACAGGUGCACUCAGAAUUUAAAGAACUACAAACUCAAGGAGAAAAAGGGGUUCCUAUAUCAGCAGACGUUGAGCAUUUAGAAGUACUCUUGAAGGUUGCUUCAUAUGGGUUUGCUCCUGUUGACAUGCUCACGCUUGCCUCUAUAAGAUAUGCAGUUGCACAAGUUGAACUCGGUCUUUACAAACAAAAUUACAAGCAGGACUGGUGUGAUGAAAGCAACUACGUUUCGGCGGGAUCGACACUUCAUUCAUCAUCAUCUUUCAAGUCGCUUGGUUUUCAGAUAGAGCAUUGGAACAAAAGGCCGAAGAUAGAUAGCAAGGAAGCUAUAUGUCUUGCUGUAAUUAUGCGCGUAUCGGAAAUUAUCAUUCAAGAAUAUACCUGCAAAUUCUCGUCGUAUUUAUCAUCAGGUCAUAAAGCAAGAAUUGAAUUUUGUAAAUGGCUAUGGUGUUUUUUAACUGUUAGGAGGUCAGGUGAUAGGCUUUGCCUUCAGCCACUCUCGAAUGAAACUUUUACCGAUGAUUCGAUUGAUACAGAAGUCACAGACCGGGAACAUUUGGAAAAGGAAUCGAGUUUUGUUUCUUCAGGUUCUUGGAGUUUCUCUUCUGAUGUUUCAGAUAGUUUUUCUGUUAAUGACUUGUUUACAAAUGGAUUCAAUACUCACUGUGUGCAGGAACAUCUUUAUAUUGACGAUAUAUAUCUUCUUUUACUCUUUCUUGCCGGAGACUGCGUUGACUUUGGUUCAUUCAUGUUUUCCAAGGAAGAGGAAGACUGGAAGAGUGCAAAAGAAAGUUUGUUAUCGUUUGCAAGUAAAUCCCCACGGCCAUUGUGGGAGAAAUGGAGUGGACUUUGGAAUCAGAGUUCCCUUUUGCGGAUAGCAGAAGAGUUAAUAUUUCAUUUUGGACGUUCUUCUGUGGCGCACUGUCUCACAGAAAACGAGUUUUUAGAAUUUGCCCAACACAUCGCGUUUGUGUAUUUGAGUCGCUGUGAAAGAUUAGAGUCAUUUGGCACUUUUGAAUUGAGAAAUUGCAUUGGAAAAGGAUCAUUUGGAAUUGUAAAGACCGCUCGUGACUUAGUUACAGGAAAGUUUGUUGCUAUUAAGAAAUGUAUUCGUAUCAGUAAUACGAAUGAAAAUGAGGAAGCAGAACAGGAAUUGGAAGCAAAGAUAUUACAGGAGCUUCAAGGGCACCCGAAUGUAUGCCGCCUGAUAAAUUACUUUUCAUCGGAUCAGUACUCUUAUAUUAUCCUGGAAAUAUGUGGAGGAGGAUCCUUAUUCGAAACUCUUUCUGUGUUACAAGAGGAGCUCUGUGAUAGUGGCCAAAUCUGUCUCGUCGAGAAAGGUUGCAAAGUGAAAUAUAAGAGCAGUGUUGGUUUUACUGAGAGCCAAGUGCGACAUUGGAUAAAACAACUCUUAUCACUUCUUGUUUAUAUGCACGACCGAGCCGUCUGUCAUAGAGACAUUCGACCGUCCAAUCUACUGUUGACAAAUGAUGGUGAACUUCGUAUUGGUGACUUUGGAAGUGCAGCUAGAUUUUCAGGUGGUUGGGAUCUUUUUGAUGGUAAUAACGUGGUUGGCUCGUUAUAUUCUAUUGCACCGGAGCAGAUAGAACGCAAAGCAUAUUUUGGAACUAAAAUCGAUAUAUGGUGUACCGGUGUUUUGACUUAUUGGCUUCUCACUGGACAACCUCCAUUUUCUGACGAUAAUGUCGAAGUUCUUUAUAGUAAUAUUAAAAAUAUGCACUUUAAACUUCCGGAAGUAUCGAAAAAGGCGAAGGAAUUUAUUUUAUCUGCUAUGGCAUCUGAUCCAGACUCCCGUCCUGAUGCUCAUACGCUUCUUUGUCACCCCUGGCUUACAGGAGAAGAAUCUUCGAUUAGAACAUUUCUUCGCUUCUCGCAGUUUGAAAUACCUUUUCGUGAAGGCCUGCACCAAAGUAUAAAGCAUUUUGUUGCUUUUUUGAAAAAAGUAGUGGUCAAUAUUUUUUCAGAUGUUGGUAUUUAUUGUUAUGAAGUUGGCAAUGGUCAUUCGAUCGAAUUUUUAGGAGACAGAAAACCUCUUUUUUGCCAAGCAUGCAUUUCUUCAGAGUAUUACUUGAAAUUUUUUACUUGUUUCUUUUGUGAAACUCGAGGAAAUGUUACUCUUGGUAAAAUCUGUUUUGAGCUUCAUAGAGGUCGAUCCAUUCUUUUCUUAAAGGUGGCUCACAAACUGCGGGAUCUCAUAUUGACUGCUGUAAAAUGAAGUAUCACUUUUUAUUGGAGUAUCAUCCAAAGCGGUAUUGACAAGUUUACAGUUUCUGGAGUAGUAUGAGUUAUCUUUUUGGAUUUUUAGUAUUCUAUCCCUUGGUUUAUUCAUGUGUUUAUAGUCGAACGGAUGACAAACUGCGACUCAGCUAAUUGAGCUUUCCUAACUCUAUUUGAGGAAUACCUGGUAAAUUGGUCAGCAGUUAAGUCAUUAUAUAUCUAGAGUAUAUUGCACGAAGCUUUUUUCUUGGAGUGAGCAACCACAUAGCAAGAGUUAGCUGGAAGUAUCCAUUUUGAUAAAAGGAACUUAGGUGUAUCCACCGUCGUAUUCCUUAUUGGAAUGUUUAUGAUUUCACAAAUGAUAGUAUCGAUAUGUUCGUUGCUUCUCGAGUUGGUUGCACUGGUUAUUUUGUGUGUUCUGUGCGCAAAAAUAAUUUUUUUUCAUUUGAAGGGAUUUGAUAGGGUUUAGGUUUUGGACUCAUUAAAUUUCAACAUUUCGCUGUAUGUAUCAUCUCCUAUUUGGAGGUAACGCUAUUGAGCGCUAUUUAUUGAGGACCAUUAGCCAUCUAACUAUCGCCUUAUCCUGCUUAAAUUGU